GGAGAAAAGAAAGGUGGGCGAGUUCGCCGAGUCUUGAAGUAUCAUCGUGCAUGCAUUUUUAUUGUAAUUACCAAACUCUUUCUCUCUCUGAUACACUGUUACUUUGCAUGCACAUGCUUUUGUUUCCUCUCCUCUUAAUAGCUAAUUCCUUCCUCCGAUCACCGGAAACCUACUUCAGUCACUUCACCAGCCUGAUUUUUCAAUAAUUUCUUGAUUAAAAACUAAGCUCAGUGCUUCAAGGUAGUCUAAUAUAACUGAUUAGCUGAAAUCGAACAUGGCGUCUUUGUGUACAUGUUAUGGAAAUAGCUGAAAAUUAGCAUUUUGUAUCAUAAGAGGUAGAUUGUGAUGAGAGAAUUGAUAUUGAAGAUGGAGUCGAAGACUUGCAUGAAUGCAUUAUGCGUCGCCUCGACGUCGAGCGUGUGGAAAAAAGGUUGGCCUUUGCGAUCUGGCGAAUUCGCUAAUCUCUGCGAUAAGUGCGGGUCUGCAUACGAGCAAUCAAUUUUUUGUGAUGUGUUUCACUCGAAGGAUUCUGGUUGGAGGGAGUGCACUUCAUGUGGCAAGCGUCUCCAUUGUGGAUGUAUUGCCUCCAGAUUUCUGCUUGAGCUACUUGAUGGUGGUGGUGUAAAUUGUAUAAGCUGUACUAAGAGUUCAGGGGUUAAUUCUGUGAUGGGGAAUGAAAAAUCCAGUGGAUUUGGCAUGUCAAAAAUUGAUGAUACUGGUGAAUCCCAAUCUGCUGACAAUCAGUUGGAUGGUGACCGGAAGCUUUUGCAGUUAGGAAAUACCAUUGAAGUUAUUGGCUCUAGACAUUUACUCCAGUUACAAAAUGAUGAGGCAAGUGGGCUGUUUAGACAGAUGAAACAGGAGGAUAAUUUGACUCCUAUGGGGGAAAUUGGAAGCACAAGUCUCUCAAACUUUAAUCAAGCAUCAAAUGGAUUAUCUCAAACUACCAAACCAGAGAUUCGUAAAACAAAUAUUGCGACAAAAGAGUUAUAUGAAUCACUAGCACAAACAAACUUGAGUAUUACCCUCGGCUCACCUUUAGUGAAUUCAAAUCCUUAUCCUGGAGUUGUUAUUGAUGAAAGGGCUCAAAGUAAGGCAUCCUCUCCACUACAACAUGGGUCCAGGUCUCGCCAUCUAUUGCCCAAGCCUCCAAAGUCAGUUCUUACUACAGGUCUGGAGGCAAAUACAGGCAUGGUUUCACAGAUACGUGUUGCCAGGCCUCCUGCUGAAGGGCGGGGACGGAAUCAGUUGCUUCCUCGUUAUUGGCCUAGGAUAACAGACCAAGAGUUGCAACAAAUAUCUGCCGAUUCAAAUUCCACCAUCGUGCCAUUGUUUGAAAAGGUUCUCAGUGCAAGUGAUGCUGGUCGGAUUGGUCGUUUGGUUCUCCCUAAAGCAUGUGCUGAAGCUUAUUUUCCUCCUAUCUCACAACCAGAGGGUCUUCCUAUAAGAAUUCAAGAUGUAAAAGGAAAAGAGUGGGUGUUUCAAUUCAGAUUUUGGCCUAACAAUAACAGCAGAAUGUAUGUUUUGGAGGGUGUAACCCCUUGCAUACAGUCCAUGCAGUUGCAGGCUGGAGAUACUGUUACAUUUAGCCGUAUGGAUCCAGAAGGAAAACUUGUUAUGGGUUUCAGAAAAGCAUCAAACUCUAUGGCAAUGCAGGACAUUCAACCAUCUGCCAUUCCUAAUGGUGUUCAUACAAGCGAAAGUUUCUUUUCGGGUGUUUUUGAGAACCUACCUAUAAUAAGUGGUUACUCUGGCCUCCUUCAGUCACUGAAGGGAAGCUCUGAUACUCAUUUAAAUGCAUUGUCCAAAAAUUUGCAUUCAGCUAAUGGUGAUAUUAGCUGGCAUAAAUCUGAGAAGCAUGAGGAAAGGACUAGAGAGAGCUUGCUGUUACCAUCGUUGCUGGUUCCAGAAAGAAAGAGAACACGAAAUAUUGGAUCUAAAAGUAAGAGGCUUUUAAUUGACAGCCUAGAUGCUUUGGAGCUCAAACUGACGUGGGAAGAGGCACAAGAUUUGCUCUGUCCCCCACCAAGUGUGAAGCCUAGUAUUGUUACUAUUGAGGAUCAUGAUUUUGAAGAAUAUGAAGAGCCUCCAGUUUUUGGGAAGAGAAGUAUCUUUGUAGUUCGUUCAAUUGGCUUUGUCAUCAGGGGACAAGAGCAAUGGGCUCAGUGUGAUAGUUGCUCUAAGUGGCGAAGGUUACCGGCUGAUAUUCUUCUUCCACCUAAGUGGACAUGUGCGGACAAUGCUUGGGAUCAGAGCAGGCAUUCAUGUUCUGCUCCAGAUGAAUUGACCCCAAGAGAGUUGGAAAAUCUUCUAAGACUUAAUAAGGAUUUCAAGAAAAGGAGAAUAGCAAGUGUCCAUAGGCCAGCACAGGAGCAUGAAUCUUCCGGCCUAGAUGCUUUGGCUAAUGCUGCAAUUCUCGGAGAUGAGGGUGAUCCAAGCACUAUAGCAGUUGCUACCACAACCAAACAUCCAAGGCAUCGUCCUGGUUGCUCCUGCAUUGUGUGCAUCCAGCCCCCAAGUGGUAAGGGCAAGCACAAGCCUACAUGCACAUGUAAUGUCUGCAUGACAGUUAAACGCCGUUUUAAGACCCUAAUGAUGCGCAAGAAAAAACGUCAAUCAGAGCGUGAAGCAGAGAUUGUGCAGAGGAAUCAGCACAUGGCAGGUCCUAGAGAUGAUGCUGAAGUAGAGAGCAGCUCUAAGCAUGUAUCAACACCCCAGGAUCCUUCAGAGAAUGAAGUUAGGUCAGUUACUGAGUUAGAAUCCAAAAGUCAAAGCAAUAAUCUCUCAAACAAAAUGGUUGAAUCUGGAAAGGGACACAUAGACUUGAAUUGUCAUCCUGACCGUGAAGAUGAAUCACAAGCGGGGUUAUCCCGUAUGAGCAUGAUGAGUCUUCUCCAAGUAGCAAGCCUUCCACUGGAGACGUAUCUGAAACAGAAUGGUCUUACAAGUUUGGUAACUGAGCAACAAGGGAGUUCAGCAUCACACAUGCCACCUCAAACUGGAGAAAGUGAAGGCUUACUUCCUGAGGAUUGUCAACUUGUUUCUGCUGUUCUAGAGCAAGAGAGUGGAGGUGAAGAGAACAAUGGACCUGGACAAGAGCAAAGCCAAAAUGAUCCUGUAUGAGGUUCACUUAUUAUUUUCCUCCUAUUAUUAUUAUUAUUAUUUGUUAUUUUGUAUAAAUACAGGUUUCUAGGUCUUCUUUAUGUGGGAUGGGUAACAUUUUUGUUUCUUUUCUAGUUUGAAGGUGCAAUGUCCUUUAUUCAUUAUAUAAUGUGUAUAAUACAACACUGAGGGGGAUUCAUGUGAAUAGAUUUGGAGGUGCUAGGUAUUGAUCAUAUGUAAGAAAUACUUCAAGUAUAGAGAAUAUUCAAACGGAUGAUUGCCACCGUAGCAUUUACAUAUUUGUUUCUCCGGUUAUGAAGAAACACAUCUGAUUGAUUAUCUUGUUUGAAA